AUGGGUGUGAACGGUCUCUGGACUGUGGUGCAGCCAUGCGCGCGUCCGACAAAUUUGGCGACGCUGAACCGUAAGCGCCUCGCUGUCGAUGCCUCGAUUUGGAUAUACCAAUUCCUCAAAGCCGUGCGUGACAAGGAGGGCAAUGCUUUGCGUAACUCGCACGUCGUGGGCUUCUUUCGCCGCAUCUGCAAGCUGCUCUGGUUUGGCAUCCAGCCCGUCUUUGUCUUUGAUGGCGGUGCGCCGGCUCUGAAACGGGCUACGAUCCAGAAGCGACAGCGCCGUCGCGAGGGCCGUCGCGAUGAUGCUGUGCGCACCGCCGGGAAGCUGCUCGCCGUGCAGAUGCAGCGCAUAGCGGAAGAGGAUGACCAAAAGCGCAAACGAGACAAGGAACGUUCGCAGGCCACGAGGGAAGCCGCUGAGGAGCCACUACCUGACCCCAAAGACAUGGUCUACUUGAAUGAAGUUGGCAUGUCUAACCAGGAGCGUCAACAUAAUCGCAAGUUUCACAAAAAGGAUGCCUACCAUCUGCCCGAGCUCGACGGCGGCAUCGCAUCCAUGGGUAAGCCCGACGACCCGCGUAUCAUGAGCGUCGAGGAACUGGAAGAGUACGCGCGCCAGUUCAAUAAUGGCGAGGACGUCAACUUGUACGACUUUAGCAAGAUCGACUUUGACGGCGAAUUUUUCAAGAGCCUGCCGCCGCCUGAUAGAUAUAACAUUCUCAACGCUGCAAGACUACGAAGUCGUCUCAGAUUGGGUUACAGCAAGGACCAACUGGAUGACAUGUUCCCGGACCGCAUGGCAUUCUCGAGAUUUCAAAUUGAGCGUGUCCAAGAGAGAAACCAUCUUACCCAGCGACUCAUGGCCGAAGUUGGCAUGACCGGUACAGACUUGACGCUUGGGGUGAACGCUCGAGUGGCAGGCGAAAAAGACAGGGAGUACAUCCUUGUCAAAAACGAAGGCGCCGAGGGCGGCUGGGCGCUUGGCGUUGUCAGCAAGGAAAAGGAUAUCGGCGAAGCGCAUAAGCCUAUUGACGUUGAUGCCAUUGAGAUCCAAUAUCAAGCCAAAGAAGAGGAAGAUGAAGAAGAUGACGUGGAUGGUUUUGAGGAUGUGCCUAUCGAAGGUCUGAACCGCCUGCCGAAAUACGGCCCCGCAGCAGUAAGCGUUGAAGCUGCUCGCGACAAUGCUUCAAGUCGUCAGCAACUCUACGACAGCUACAAGGCAGCAUCCAACGACGAAGAAGAUUCUCUGUUCGUUGGAGGACCGGCCGAAACCCCUGCAAUCGCGAACGACCUUCAAGAGGUGGAGCACAUUCACGCCGAGGAGGAAGACGACCUGAAUCGUGCUAUUGCGCUGUCAUUGCAAAACCAGCAUGGAGUAAGGGAAAGCUCGGCAACAGAGGAUGACUUGUUUGAAGAUGUGCCUGUUGGAGACAAGCCAGAGUGGACGCAAAAGGCAGUGGAAGCUGCCAAGCCUCUAACGUCCCACGGCGGCUCCAUGAUUGCGCACAUUGUAAACAAUAGAGCCAAUGCCGCCGUGCCCAAGCGCCAAGAAAAGCCAAUAGAGACACAAGACAGCGACAGCGACGAGGACAUGCAGGCCAUCAUGGCGCGAGCCCGCAAAGCCAAGAAACAGACUGCGCCAGCCACACGACCCAUCUUGGAAAACAAGAAGAAUCCGUUUGACGGCCCACUGCCGUUCCCGAAGCUCAGCUGGGAUUCCUCCCUGUUUGGCAAAUCAAAAACGGGCGUCGCUUCAGCCAAGGAAACCGCGCGGGGCACAUCUACUGCCGCUGACGGCGAAGAAGAUAAUGGUAAUAUUGACAUGGCAGGUGGAUUUACAGUAGAAGGUCAAGACGAUGAGCCGCCGGAGCUACCACCAUGGCUGGCCGAUGGGUCGGAUAUUCGGGAUUCUCUGAAGAAGCAGCAGGAUGCUGAGCGAGAGAUUAAUGCGCAGGACAGGCAGGACGCCGAGGAAGAGGAUCGAAAAAGAAGAAAGGAAAUGCGGGAUCGUUUGAUCGAGAUUGAAUCGGACUCUGAUGACGAUAGCGAUAUACAAAUUAUCGAGGUACCCCCUUCACCAACGCCAGAGCCGGUAGCUCAGGAGCCGCAGACGACCAACAUACAGACAGAAGCCGAAACGCCAAAGCUUGGACAGCAAGUGGACGAGCCGACACAAGGACAGUCUACAAUGGCAGAUUCACAAUUCUCUGUUGCGGUCAGACCUGUUGAAGCCACUCAGGCAACUACGCCUGCGAAAGACGUAGACUCUCCUGAACCAGAGUUCGAAGACAUUGAGCUUCCACAAGCUGCCGAGGAAGCCGUGACUCCUGAGGCAGAAGGCACUGGCGAAGGCACUGACGAUGUCGCGUCUGGUAUCCAGGUGCAAGCCACCACUGCGCCUGUUACCAUUGAUGAUGACGAGCUUUUUGGUGACGCUGAUGAGAACGAGUACAGUGACCCAGAGGAAGAGGAGCUUUUGGUACAAAUGGCGGAAGAGGCAGAGGAGCAUGCUCGCUUUGCCACUGAACUGAAUCAAAAGUCCAUGGAGCACAACCGUCGCGACUACGAGCAGGAACUCCGACAGCUGCGAACUCAACAGAAGAAGGACCGCCGUGAUGCGGAUGAGGUCACUCAGGUGAUGAUAGCCGAGUGUCAAUCGCUGCUGCGCCUCUUUGGCAUUCCGUACAUCACGGCUCCCAUGGAGGCCGAAGCACAAUGCGCGGAGCUUGUCCGUUUGCGUAUGGUGGACGGCAUCGUCACCGAUGAUUCCGACACAUUUCUUUUCGGCGGUACGCGCGUCUACAAAAACAUGUUCAACAGCAACAAGUUUGUCGAGUGCUACAUUGGAAACGAGCUGGAGAAGGACCUCUCCCUCUCGCGACAGCAGCUCAUUUCUCUCGCGCACUUGCUUGGAUCUGAUUACACCGAGGGUCUCCCUGGUGUUGGUCCUGUCACAGCUGUCGAGAUCAUUUCAGAAUUCCCCGGAAAGGACGGUCUCAGCGACUUUCGCGCCUGGUGGGACGCGGUGCAGUCCCAGGCUCGUCCCAAGGCCGAGGACGCCAGCUCGCCGUUUCGCAAAAAGUUUCGUCGAUCGCAGGCCGCGAAGCUGUUUCUGCCGCCAGGGUUCCCCAACCUCGCCGUCGAUGACGCUUACCUGCAUCCCGAAGUCGACAGCAGCAACGAGCCCUUCCAGUGGGGCGUCCCCGACGUGGAGGGUCUGCGACAGUUUCUCAUGGCGACGAUUGGGUGGAGCAAGGAGCGAACGGACGAGGUGCUGGUCCCUGUCAUUCGAGACAUGAACAAACGUGGGGUGGAGGGUACACAGAGCAACAUUACCAAGUUUUUUGGCGGUGGCGUUGGCGCCGGUGCCAAGGAAGCCUUUGCGCCGCGCCAGACGGCGGGUGCGAGCAAGAGAAUGGCGGCGGCUGUGGAUAGGUUAAAGAAGAAUACAGCAGGAGAUGAAAGUGAAUCUACUCAGCAAAACAGUAAGCGGCAGAAGCGGUAG